AUUACCUUAAACAACUAUGGUACUGUAGCUGUUGUAGUUUAAAGACUAAAUGUGUAAUCACCACAUUGUUUUAAACAAUCGGGGAAAAAUGCCUGAGACAAGCCGUUUCUGUCGUUGAAGCGCAACUAUUUCACAACUGGAAAUACCUCGCCGAAAACACACAGCAUUGCAGCUCGAUUGGCGGACUUAUUAAUAAAGGAUUCAUAAUUGCAGCUGCCAAAGACAUCAUAAAGAUGAAGCUAUCCACUGUCAUGCUUCUCCUUAUCAGCUCAGCGGCCUGCAUCAAUUUGAAAUUCAUCUCCAAGAGAAACUCUGUGGAUGGCUGCAUCGACUGGUCGGUGGAUCUGAAGACGUACACAUCGCUGGCAGGCGAGCCAGUACGAGUGAAGUGUGCCCUGUUCUACAGCUACAUCAGGACUAAUUAUACUAUGGCCCAGAAUUCUAAACUGCGGCUUAUCUGGUACAAGAACAAAGGCGACUCAGAGGAACCCAUCAUCUUCUCGGGACACAGGCUCAGCAAGGAAGACGACUCCAUCUGGUUCCGCUCUGUUGAGCUGGAGGACAAUGGGUUUUACACCUGUGUCUUGAGAAAUUCCACCUACUGCAUGAAGGUGUCCAUGUCCCUGACGGUGGAGGACAUUGACUCAGGCCUCUGCUACAGCAGCAAGAUCCGCUACCUGGAGAAAGCUGAGAUCACAAAGAGCAAAACCAUCACCUGCCCUGAUAUUGACGAUUAUCUCGCUCCCUACAGGCAACCCAGGUUAACCUGGUACAAGGAAUGUGAAAAGAAGACAUGGAGGAGUACAGUGAUAGUGAACACAACAAGUGUUUGGAUCCCGGAGGUAGAAGAAGAGGAUGGAGGGAAUUACACUUGCGAGCUCAAGUAUGGCAGCAGAGUGGUGCGGCGAACAACUGAGCUAAAAGUUACAGCUCUGCUCACCGCUAGACCCCCGAAGGUACUGUUCCCUGAGGAGAAGCAGCCAAGUGUUAUAGAAGCCCAACUGGGCAUGCCACUAAGUUUGGACUGCAGAGCCUUCUUUGGCUACAGUGGAGAAUCAAGACCCAUCAUCUACUGGAUGAAGGGAGAGAAGUUUGUGGAGGAGCUAGAGGGUCACAUUAAAGAAAGCGAAGUCAGGAUUCUCAGAGAGUACUUAGGUGAGAAGGAGGUGGAGCUGUCCCUCACCUUUGAUGCUGUGGAGGAGGACGACAUGGGCAACUAUACCUGUUACGUGGAGAACCACAUCGGGCGGAAGCAUGCCAGUGCCAUUUUGCAGAAAAGAGAUAUGCGGAGACUGGAACUCGCCGGUGGGCUAGGGCUGGUCCUUCUGCUGCUCGGCCUCCUCACUGCCAUUUACAAAUGCAACAAGGUGGAGCUCACGCUGUGCUACCGCAGACACUUCGGGAGCAGCGAGGCCGAGGGCGACAACAAGGAGUACGAUGCAUCUCUGCCCUACACCAAAGUGGACCUUGGAUUGCUGGAGCAUGACUCGACUGAGGAGGAACAGUUUGCUCUGGAGGUCCUUCCAGAUGUCCUGGAGAAACACUACGGAUAUAAGCUCUUCAUACCAGACCGUGACCUCAUCCCCAGUAGCAUCUACAUUGAGGACCUGGUGCGUAGCGUGGAGCAGAGUCGUCGCAUCAUCAUCGUCCUGACGCCAAGCUUCGUGGCCAAGCGCGGCUGGAGCAUCUUCCAGCUGGAGGCCCGUCUUCACAGCAUGUUGGUGACCGGGGAGAUCAAGGUCAUCAUGAUCGAAUGUAGCGACCUCAGGAGAGUCAUCAACUACCAGGAGGUGGAGGCCUUGAAGCACACCAUCAAACUGCUGUCCAUAGUCAAGUGGAGGGGUCCCAAGGACAACCAGCUCACGUCCAAAUUCUGGAAGCGGGUGCUGUGCGAGAUGCCCAUCAGGAAGAAAGAGACCCUCUCCCGCCGGCAGAUGCUAGACUCCGGGGAGCAGGGCCUCUUCGCCGACCUGCACACCGUCUCCACCAUCGCCAUGACCACUGCCUCCGCCUCACUGGCGCCUGCCCACACCGAGAUCCCCAGGUUCAAUCAGAUGAACCACAUGCAAAUGAAACACUACUGCAGGAGGUACGAGUACGAGAGGGCCACCACCCCUGUCCGGGUCGCGACCCUAGGAAACCGCCAUAUGUACUGCACCAUCCCAAUGACUAUGCUCAAUGGACAGAUGGGCCAGCACAACUCCACAGGCAGAAAAAGGCCAGAGAUCCUCUUGAACAACAAAUUCAUUCCACUCUCCUCUGAGGGACUUACAAGUGACAUCUGGUAG